AUGAGCCGGGUUCCCACAGUAGCCACUGUUGUUCGUGGCGCCAGUGUCAACAUCAUUCUCAAAGCUGAUCAGCCCACUGGCCGCACCGUGACCGGAACCGUCCAAGAUGUUCUGACCCGCGGCAACCACCCGCGAGGCAUCAAAGUCCGUCUCAUCGACGGCCGAGUCGGGAGAGUGCAGUCCCACGCCGGAGCGCAGCCGAUCUCAUCUGCUUCGGACCAAGAGCCCGCUGGAGCGGGUGCCGGAUCAGCGGCCUCCAUCAACGGUCGACCGCCGCGACGUGGGCAAGGCCGCCGGCAAGAAGCAGACGCUGAUCUUCCUCCGUCACAAGUCGGGCUCGAGGCCUACAUUCGCCCGGUCAAACAGAAGAGCGGAGCGCGGGGCAGGUCCGGGGCGGCCCCCGGCAACGAAACGGCGGACGCGGUAUCUCGUCCGGCUGCAUCCGAGGUGGUGACCUGUCCGGUUUGCGGCGAUUUCGAAGGAGACACAUCGGCGGUGGAGCAUCAUGUUGCUUCGCACUUUGACUAA